AAUCACAUUGCCUCAGUACGUUCUCGCACGUUCAUUAAUGCAGUCGUGCUUGCCGCACGGAUCGGCUGAUGCUCUGUUCCGAUUAGUUGCUGCUAAAACAUGCGAAUAAUAAUUAAAUGUUGAUGCACAUUCGCGUAUAAGUAGUGUGGCUUUAUAAUUAUCGCGUCGAAAACUAUGCCUAGUUGGUGCCGUGCGGCGGUGGUGCUGUGGCUUUGGUGUCUUUUAAGCUGUCAUGGCGGCAGAACAGAAGCUGCGACUGGUACUGGUACUGCAGAGGUGCUCGUGGUCAUUGCUUGUCCGCCGCUGCCCCGGCGCUCGCUGGAUGAAUGUUUUGCAUUGGCGGACAGUUUGCGGGAGCAGCAACAACAAAUGGCGGGGGUCAUCCCCGAGGAUUAUGUGCUCAGGUUCCACAUAAUGCAUGAGCUAUUCAAUUAUUGGACAUUGCUGGACGCAUUGCCAGGCGAGACACGUUUGCUAAAUGCGCGCACGGAAUGGAUUAUUUGGUGUCAACACAACACGCAUGUGGUCUCGCUGCAUGGCCUGCUCCAGCAGCUACACAACCAGGACCCAACGGAGGCUGCCUACUACGGGCAUGCCUUGUACGACACGGAGGCCACGAUUGUGCAUCAUUUUGCACACUACAAGAAUCCCAAAUGGUUUCCAUAUCCCCUGCUCAGUGCCGGCGUUGUUUUCACAGGUGUUUUGCUGCGCAGGCUGGCGGAACUUGUUGCUCUUAAUGCCCAAAAUGGCUACCGGCACAGUGAGUUUGCCAUAGACGCCGCUCACGAGCUCGCCCGCUUUAUAUUCGACAACUUAACGCCUGUCACGGACCCCGAACUGAAGGACGACCCAGCAGCAGCAGGCGCAACCUUGGAGCGGAAAAUCAUUUUGAAAAGUGCCGACUACAUUUGUCCCACUCCAGUUCCAUGGCAUACCCCCGAGACGGGCACAAGGGCACAGCCUGUGCUUCCUUGUAUGCUCCAUGCAAAGCCCGAGCUGUUUGCUAUCGGGAAUCGGGAGCGGCAGCGGCAGCGGCGGCAGCUGCCGGUGCACACAACAGGAUCGCAAAACAUCUAUUUUGCAAUCAAGACCUGUGCAAAAUUCCAUAAGGAACGUAUACCAAUCAUCGAACGCACCUGGGCAAGCGACGCUCGGCACCGUAGAUACUACAGCGAUGUGGCAGAAGUCGGCAUACCGACAAUCAGCACUGGGAUACCCAAUGUUCAGACUGGACAUUGUGCCAAAACAUUGGCAAUUUUACAAUUAUCCCUGAAGGAUAUCAGCGCACACAAGGACAUACGCUGGCUCGUGCUCGUCGAUGAUGAUACGCUUCUUAGCGUGCCCCGACUGAGCGCCCUGCUGAAUGGCUACAAUCACACGGAGCACAUAUAUCUGGGGGAACGCUACGGGUAUCGUUUGUAUGCCCCGGAUGGCUUCAACUACCACACGGGAGGCGCUGGAAUUGUGCUCAGUCUACCUCUGGUGCCACUCGUCCUGCAGCACUGCAGUUGUCCGAGUGCCAACGCCCCGGAUGACAUGAUACUGGGCUACUGCCUGCAGGCACUCGGAGUGGUGGCCUUGCCAGCCGCCGGGCUGCACCAGGCCAGGCCUCAGGACUACGCGACGGAGCUGCUGCACCUACAGCCACCCAUUUCGUUUCACAAGUUCUGGAACACCCAGCCGGAGCACACGUACCGCAGAUGGUUGGGCGGCUCCGCUGGCAAUAACAGUGUGCCUCAGGCGACUGCCAAGGAUCGAGCGCCACUUGUGCCCAUGCUUGAGGAACGCCUGCAGCUGCCGGGUCUACCCACUGGCCUGGCCACGGCAGAGAAGCAUUUGGAUCUGUAGUCUGCUGAG